AUGCAAAUCUCAUCCAUCCUUGGUCUCGCCGCUCUGGCUACCUAUGCCACGGCCAUCACCGGCCAGGUGCCGCGCUUCCCAUACAUCGGCGGCGCCGAGGCCGUCUCUGGUUGGAACUCGCCCGCCUGCGGUACCUGCUGGCGCCUCGACUACCAGGGGCGCUCCAUCACGGUCCUCGCCGUCGACCGCGCCGUGACAGGCUUCAACAUCGCCAAGGCGGCCCUGGAUGGGCUCACCGGUGGCCGCGCUGUUGAGGUUGGGCGCGUGAACGCCGAGGCCACGCAGGUCGACCCCAAGAUUUGCGGCCUAUAA